AUGUCUACCGCAAGUACAUUAGCACCGAUACCAUCCAAACAACACUUAAACACAUCCAAGUAUACAAAUGACCCUAUGCGUAUAACAAAUCGUCCUGACAUUGUUGGUUAUUACUAUGAUCCUAUGAGUUGUUCUCCAAGUGGCUCUGUUGGCUAUGAUGUUACAAACACGGUGGCCACCAGUAUUGUCUUUGGGGACCAACUUGUAUUUCAGAACGAUGCACAGACAAGCCUGAUAAAGCCUUUUACAUAUGAAUGGACGCAGUUACUAGAACAAUUUCACAAUACACUUGGAAACAGAACAAAAGACGACUCAAGUUGCUUGUUUCCCAUGCCUUCAUUUGACUGUCCGCCUUUUGUAUGGGACGACGCUAUUCUCGAUCGCGACGCUUAUCACCUUCGACCUCACGACAUUAAAUCAGUGGUUGCGAUUGGUGACUCGAUCACGGCAGGAUUUGGCAUGAUUUCAGGAAGACCACCUUUUUCAACUGUAUUGGAAUAUAGAGGCAAAGUGUUUUCAGCGGGUGGAGAUAAAGGAGAAUACACGAUUCCUAAUUUUUUAUCUGUCUAUUCACAUCAAAAGGGUUCUUCAAAAGGUGCUACUUUGCCUCUUUCUCGAGGAAAACAGUUGAACAAUGCAGUCAGUGGAGCAAAGACACAAGACUUGAAUGAUGAAAUGACAAGAUUGAUCAAGCAUAUCAACAGGGAAUACAAGGACAUCAAGCAUGAGUGGAAGUUGAUCACACUCUUUAUUGGUGCAAAUAAUGUCUGUAUGCUAUGUGAACCACCUCUGAGUCAAUUGCCUGGAUUGGCCAGUGCUGAUAUCUUUGAGGAGAAUGUGCGUAACGUACUCGAGAGAAUAAGAACUGAAGUCGGGAAAUCCUUUGUGAACCUCGUGGCACUAUUUAAUGUCUCUAGUGUCUAUGAAGCAUCCAGAGGAGAUCCUUAUUGUCAAAUGGUCUUGGAUCCUUCACAUCUUAUGAUUUGUUCUUGUAUUCAAGGGGAUGAAAAACAAAGAAGAGCGGCAGACAGGGUUGUCAAAGAAUACAAUGCAAGACUCGAGAAACUAGAGAAAGAGUUUAAAUAUAAAGAUGUUAUGCAAUUGGGUGUCAGCUAUCAACCAGGAUUUACUGAUUUCCCUGUAUCCAAAUACAAACAGGCCUAUUUUAGCGGAAUUGACUGCUUUCAUCCAAAUAAGUGUGGCAACCAGGUGAUGGCAACACUUUUAUGGAACAAUAUGUUCUCAACACCAUCUGAAAAAAGAAAGCCAAUGGAUGUCGAAUCACUACAGUUUAAAUGUCCAAGUCCACAAAGACCUUAUAUUCAAUAA